AGUCAUGGAGCAGGUUUGUGAAUUUCCUGGUCGAAUCUCUUAAGAUGGAAGGAAGGCAGGCAGGAAGGCAGGGGUUUCUGGGGUUGAAAUGAUUGCCUGUCAGACUGUGGCCUAGUUGAAGGUGCAAAAUUGGACUCCACGCGGGGAUAAUUCAUUUGGACUACUUUUGUUUUGCAAUUCUUCAGCUUUCUAUUUGAUAUCCCCUCAAGGACACUGUGCUGUGUGCUUUGGUGAAGUAGAAGAUAUUGUUCCUGUCCUCAAGAAAAUUGCCAUUUAGUUGAGGAGACAAGAAUAUUGCAUAGUGCAUAGAGUGCUGGACUUGGAGUCAGGAAUAUCUGGGUUUCAAUCCUGACGCCGAAACUUAUUAGCUGUGUGACCUUGGUGGUGCUAUAUGGGAGAAAAACAUGGAAUGCUACAAUCUUUGAGCAAUCAAAAUUGUGGAUGACCUAAGGAACAGUGAAGAGACAGUGUAUAAAAUGAAUUUGGAGGAAAAUUGAUGAAAUUCCAUUCAGUGAACUCCAACAACCUCUGAGAGCAAAGUCUGGACCAAAGUUGAAUCAUCUCACCAAGGGAUUUCAGAGUGACUACCUCUGGUGAGAAGAGAAAGAUGUAGUUUUCUCAUCCAGUCAAGUUUUAAUCCCUGACAUAUCAUCAUCAGAAUUCCAUCAAGAAGGAUACAGUUGUUGACAUAGACAUAUGGAAGAACCAAAAGCCACAUAAAGAUGGAUAAACUGAGGCACAGGGAGAUUAAGUGACUACCCCACGGUUUGACAGCCUGAGAGGACUAGAAUUAGACCUCAGAGUUCCUGACCCCCAGACCUGUGUCCUUCAUAUUGAGCCACCACGCUGCCUCCCUACUUAAGAGAAAAUACUUUCUAUAAGAUGGAGGUGGAUGCCGACGAGAAACGCCAUCGCACACGCUCCAAAGGGGUUCGAGUUCCCGUGGAACCAGCCAUACAGGAGCUGUUCAGCUGCCCCACUCCUGGCUGUGAUGGUAGCGGUCACGUUAGUGGCAAAUAUGCAAGACACAGAAGUGUUUAUGGCUGUCCUUUGGCUAAAAAAAGGAAAACACAAGAUAAGCAACCCCAAGAACCUGCUCCCAAAAGAAAGCCAUUUGUGGUUAAAACCGACAACUCCUCAGUAGAUGAAUGUUAUGAAACGGAUGGAACUGAGGAAAUGGAUGAGAAAGAAGAAGAGGAGGAGGAGGAAUACUCUGAUGACAAUGAGGAACAAGGGGAAGAAGAUGAAGAUGAUGAAGAGAUAGAUCGAGAGGAAGAGGAGGAGAUUGAAGAAGAGGAAGAAGAUGAUGAAGAAGGAGAAGAUGUGGAGGAUGAAGAAGAGGAAGAAGAGGAGGAGGAGGAAGAAGAGGAGGAGGAAGAAGAGCAUGAAGAUCAUCAAAUGAAUUGUCACAAUACUCGAAUAAUGCAAGACACAGAAAAAGACGAUAACAAUAAUGAUGAGUAUGAUAAUUACGAUGAACUCGUGGCCAAGUCAUUGUUAAAUCUGGGCAAAAUUGCUGAGGAUGCAGCAUACCGAGCCAGGACUGAAUCAGAAAUGAACAGCAAUACAUCCAAUAGUCUGGAAGACGAUAGUGACAAAAAUGAAAACAUGGGUCGAAAAACUGAGCUGAGUUUAGACUUAGACAGUGAUGUUGUUAGGGAAACUGUGGACUCCCUUAAAUUACUAGCACAAGGACAUGGUGUAGUGCUUUCGGAGAACAUUAAUGACAGAAAUUAUACGGACAAUAUAUCACAGCAAGAUAACAGAAACAUGAACUUUGUAAUGCUAGGGAAACCUAUGAACAAUGGACUUAUGGAAAAAAUGGUAGAGGAGAGUGAUGAAGAAGUAUGUCUCAGCAGUUUAGAGUGCUUGAGAAACCAAUGUUUUGAUCUUGCUAGGAAACUCAGUGAAACAAACCCACAGGAAAGAAAUCAACAGCAAAACAUGAACAUCCGUCAACAUGUCAGACAAGAAGAUGACUUCCCAGGAAGAACACCGGAUAGGAAUUAUUCUGACAUGAUGAACUUAAUGAGGCUUGAAGAACAGUUAAGCCCCAGAUCUAGAACUUUUGCUAGCUGUGCAAAAGAGGAUGGGUGUCAUGAAAGAGAUGAUGACACCACCUCUGUUAAUUCAGACAGGUCUGAAGAAGUAUUUGAUAUGACCAAGGGUAAUUUAACCCUUCUUGAAAAAGCUAUUGCUUUGGAAACUGAGAGAGCAAAAGCCAUGAGGGAAAAAAUGGCAAUGGAAGCUGGCAGAAGGGAUAAUAUGAGGUCAUUUGAAGAGCAGCCGCCAAGACAACUUCCUGGGGAGGAGAGAAAGCCUAAAACCAGUGACAGCCAUGUCAAAAAGCCAUACUAUGGUAAAGAUCCCUCAAGAACAGAAAAAAAAGAAAGCAAGUGUCCAACCCCCGGCUGUGAUGGAACUGGCCACGUAACGGGGCUUUAUCCUCAUCAUCGCAGUUUAUCCGGAUGUCCUCACAAAGAUAGGGUUCCUCCAGAGAUUCUUGCCAUGCAUGAAAAUGUUCUCAAGUGUCCUACACCAGGCUGCACAGGGCGCGGGCACGUAAAUAGCAACAGGAACUCUCACCGAAGCCUCUCUGGAUGCCCUAUUGCUGCAGCAGAAAAACUGGCGAAAGCUCAAGAAAAACACCAGAGCUGUGAUGUGUCAAAAUCCAACCAGGCGUCAGAUCGAGUUUUAAGGCCGAUGUGCUUCGUAAAGCAACUAGAGAUCCCUCAAUAUGGCUACAGAAACAAUGUCCCCACAACCACACCUCGCUCCAACUUGGCCAAGGAACUAGAGAAAUAUUCCAAGACGUCGUUUGAAUAUAACACUUACGACAAUCAUACUUAUGGCAAGAGAGCCAUAGCCCCCAAGGUGCAAACCAGGGAUAUAUCCCCCAAAGGAUAUGAUGCUAAACGGUAUUGCAAGAACUCCAGCCCCACCAGCAGCACGACGAGCAGCUAUGCCCCGAGCAGCAGCAGCAACAUGAGUUGUGGAGGCGGCAGCAGCGCCAGCAGCACCUGCAGCAAGAGCAGCUUUGAUUACACGCACGAUAUGGAGGCAGCACACAUGGCCGCCACGGCCAUCCUGAAUCUAUCCACGCGCUGCCGGGAGAUGCCUCAGAACCUCUCCACCAAACCUCAGGACCUCUGUGCCCGGAAUCCUGAUAUGGAAGUUGAUGAAAAUGGAACUUUGGAUCUAAGCAUGAACAAGCAGAGACAACGAGAUGGGUGCUGUACCAUUUUGACACCUCUAGAGCCAAUGUCACCACAGCGACAGGCAGUGAUGAAUAAUCGGUGUUUCCAGCUGAAUGAGGGUGACUGCUGGGACUUACCAGUAGACUACACCAAAAUGAAACCCAGAAGGAUAGAUGAAGAUGAUUCCAAAGAGAUUAAUCCAGAAGAUUUGGAUCCUUUCCAGGAGGCGCUAGAGGAAAGAAGGUAUCCUGGUGAAGUGACCAUUCCCAGCCCCAAGCCCAAGUAUCCUCAAUGCAAAGAAAGCAAAAAGGAUUUAAUAACAUGUCCAACACCAGGGUGUGAUGGGAGUGGUCAUGUGACUGGUAAUUACGCCUCACAUAGAAGUCUCUCUGGCUGCCCUUUGGCUGACAAAAGCAUUCGCAGUAUGCUGGCCACCAGUUCACAAGAGCUCAAGUGCCCCACCCCCGGUUGUGAUGGCUCUGGACAUAUUACUGGCAAUUAUGCUUCUCAUCGAAGUCUUUCAGGUUGUCCAAGAGCAAAGAAAAGUGGAAUCAGGAUAGCACAAAGCAAAGAAGACAAAGAGGAUCAAGAGCCCAUUAGAUGUCCAGUUCCUGGUUGUGAUGGUCAGGGUCAUAUAACUGGAAAGUAUGCAUCCCACCGCAGUGCGUCAGGGUGCCCUCUAGCAGCCAAAAGGCAAAAGGAUGGGUACUUAAAUGGCUCCCAGUUCUCUUGGAAGUCAGUGAAGACGGAAGGUAUGUCAUGUCCCACUCCAGGAUGUGAUGGCUCAGGACACGUCAGUGGUAGUUUCCUUACACACCGCAGUCUAUCAGGAUGUCCACGAGCCACAUCAGCCAUGAAGAAAGCAAAGUUAUCAGGAGAACAAAUGCUAACAAUAAAGCAGCGGGCCAGUAAUGGUAUAGAAAAUGAUGAAGAAAUCAAACAGUUAGAUGAAGAAAUUAAAGAGCUAAAUGAAUCCAAUUCCCAGAUGGAAGCUGACAUGAUUAAGCUCAGAACUCAGGUAACAAUUACCACAAUGGAGAGCAACUUGAAGACGAUAGAAGAGGAGAACAAAGUAAUUGAACAGCAAAAUGAGUCUCUUCUUCAUGAACUGGCUAAUUUAAGCCAGUCUUUAAUUCAUAGUCUAGCUAAUAUCCAGCUGCCACAUAUGGAUCCAAUCAAUGAACAAAAUUUUGAUGCUUACGUGACUACUUUGACGGACAUGUAUACAAAUCAAGAUCGUUAUCAGAGUCCAGAAAAUAAAGCCCUACUGGAAAAUAUAAAGCAGGCUGUGAGAGGAAUUCAGGUCUGAACAGCUGCUGUAGUGAUGAAAAUCAUGCUUAAAAAAAAGGAUGCCUCUUGUUUUUUGCUGCUGUAACUUACCAGAAAGUGUUAUAUAUUUAUUUCUGUUGGAAACAGUGUUAUGCUUACAAGACUUCAUAAUGAUUUUAUGUCUUGCUUUAAAGAUAGUAACUGCAGACUAGUUUUUUGAAUACAUUCACAUUUUGUACGUUUUCAUAUAAGCUGACAUAGUGUGAUAUGCCAUGUAAUGUUUAUAGCUGCUAACGUAUGCACAUUUUUGGGGUAUAUAUAUUUCUGAAGAGGUAAGCUGAUCAAAAUAAAUAGAGUGUAAAUUCUUUUUAAUGCUUUAGUGAUUAAAUGUUUUAGUAUUUUGAACUGAAAUGGACGAAAACAGCUUUGAAUGACAAUGUUGCGGCCCUGCAGCCACUUUUUAAACACUAUCAUUUUUCCUCAUGUUGGAGGAUUUUAUGGGAUUUAAGAAAUACAUUUUGUGUGUGUAUUGUU